GAAGUGACGCGCGCGCCGAUUUCUGUUUGUUUUCCUGACAGUCGCGGCCGUGUUGCGCUCCAAACUGCCAGAAAUCAGCCAGACACACAGUGUCAGAAGCAGACGUGUGGUGUUUUGUGAGUGUGUGCCAGUGACACGUGAUGAUAGUUGUGUUCAGGAGUGUUCUGUAGUGAACAUGUCUCCUGACGGCUGCUGUCUGUUCAUCUGCGGAGCUCCUGGGGGUUUAAUGUCCCAUCAUCCCUGUCUCUAUGGAGCAGCAGGCCGAGCCGUACAUGUUUGUGAGCCUGAUGCGUCCUCACUCCGAGCAGCUCCUGCAGGGUCUUCAGCUCCUGCGCCAGGAUCACGAGCUCUGUGACAUCGUGCUGCGGGUCGGAGACGCCAAGAUCCACGCACACAGAGUAGUGCUGGCCAGCAUCAGCCCGUACUUCAAGGCCAUGUUCACCGGGAACCUGUCGGAGAAAGAGACGUCUGAGGUGGAGUUCCAGUGUGUGGAUGAAGCCGCUCUCAAGGCCAUAGUGGAGUACGCCUACACAGGAACCGUCUUCAUCUCACAGGAAACGGUGGAGUCUCUACUUCCUGCCGCCAACCUGCUGCAGGUCAAGCUGGUUGUGAAGGAGUGCUGCAGCUUCCUGGAGAGUCAGCUGGACGCGGGGAACUGCAUCGGCAUCUCACGCUUCGCCGAGACCUACGGCUGCCACGAGCUGUGUCUAUCUGCCAGCAAAUUCAUCUGCCAGCACUUCGAGGAGGUUUGCCAGACGGAGGAGUUCCUGGAGCUGACGCGCGCCGAGCUGGACGACAUCGUGUCCAACGACUGCCUGAACGUGCUGACGGAGGAGAGUGUGUUCUACGCGCUGGAGUCCUGGAUCAAGUACGAUCUGACCGAGAGACAGCAAUACCUGGCGCCGCUCCUGCACUGUGUGCGGCUCCCGCUGCUGAGCGUCAAGUUCCUGACGCGGCUGUACGAGGCCAAUCACCUGAUCCGAGACGACCACGCCUGCAAACACCUGCUCAACGAGGCGCUCAAGUACCACUUCAUGCCCGAGCACCGGCUCUCCUACCAGACCAUGCUGUCCACACGGCCGCGCUGCGCUCCGAAAGUCCUGCUGGCCGUGGGAGGAAAGGCCGGGCUCUUCGCCACGCUGGAGAGCGUGGAGAUGUUCUUCCCGCAGACGGACUCGUGGCUCGGUCUGGCUCCGCUCAGCGUGCCGCGCUGUGAGUUCGGUGUGGCGGUUCUGGAGCAGAAGGUGUAUGUGGUGGGGGGCAUCGCCACACACAUGCGUCAGGGCAUCAGCUACCGGCGGCACGAGAGCAGCGUGGAGCGCUGGGACCCCGACAGCAACACCUGGGCGUCUGUGGAGCGCAUGGCGGAGUGCAGGAGCACGCUGGGUGUGCUGGUGCUGGCGGGCGAGCUGUACGCCCUCGGAGGAUACGACGGACAGAACUACCUGCAGUCUGUGGAGAAGUACGCGCCCAAGCUCAAGGACUGGCAGCCGGUGGCACCCAUGACCAAAUCACGCAGCUGCUUCGCCACCGCCGCGCUGGACGGCAUGAUCUACGCCAUCGGAGGAUACGGCCCCGCCCACAUGAACAGUGUGGAGAGAUACGACCCGAGCAGAGACUCGUGGGAUAUGGUGGCGCCGAUGUCAGAUAAGCGCAUUAACUUCGGCGUGGGGGUGACGCUGGGCUUCAUCUUCGUGGUGGGAGGACACAACGGCGUGUCUCAUCUGUCCAGCAUCGAGCGCUACGACCCGCAGCUGAACCAGUGGACGGCGUGUCGACCCAUGAACGAGCCGCGCACCGGCGUGGGCUCUGCUGUGGUGGAUAACUCUCUGUAUGUGGUGGGGGGUCACUCGGGCUCCUCGUAUCUGAGCGCGGUGCAGCGUUACGACCCCAUCACGGACAGCUGGCACGACUCCAGCGGGAUGAUGUACUGCCGCUGUAACUUCGGCCUGACCGCGCUUUGACCCCGGCCACACGGCUGACCCUCAGAGACAUGAGGAGUGUUUCAGGAGAGUGUUUCCUGCUCCUCCGGCCGGUCAGAUGAUCACCAGAGCCUUCCACAGACCCUCGGAGGACGCGGAGCCCCCGCUCUUCCCCUUUACAUCACAAGACUACUGAUGAGGGACGCACGUGUGUGUGUGUGUGUGUGUGUGUGU